AUGUACCGACUGGCUGACGUAUAUCUUCGUGCUCCGCAUCUUCGGGACCCAUUAAAAGCUUUGAGUAUUCUUAUGGGACCAGUAAAUGACACAUACAAAUCUACUAUCGGUGGCCUGUUCAAGGAUCGAAAACAAAAUAACUUCUUCCACGGUGUUUGGCGCAUUCCCACAUCGGAUAUUGAUCGUAGUGGAAAUUUUGCAGCGCAUAUGUACCGAUCUGUCUCGCUCACCUUGGAUACGUUGAGCGAGCGUGGUGAUUGGCGUCAUUUAGUCCACAUAUUCCACCAAUUGCGCAAACAACCUCCGGAAGAUAAACGUGGUUUCCUGGGUGAAGGUGAUCGUGUAUAUCUUGCCAGACGCGCGUUCAAUCUCAUCCAACCGACCUUGCUCAUCUGGCUAAACGAUCUCUCAGCGUCACUUUCAGAUAGUUUGCGUAAAUUGGUUGCCGCGGCUGCGGCGUCUUCGGUAUCGACAUCGGUUCAUCUCACUCAAUCAGAUGAUCCUGUGUGCUCUCUGCAAACUCUCAUCUCGGGCGAUUCUUCACAAGCAGCCAGUUUUAUCAAUGUUGAAACACUGACACAAAUCUAUAGACUCCAUUGUGUAUCCUACUCCCGCAACUGUGCUUCCAGUUCGUCACCGCAAUCAACGGGCAAACAGUCAGGGUCUGGGGCAAACCAAAGUCUUAAUGCUUCUUCCUUGGCUGCUCUGGAGGUUUCUGGUUAUGCAGAAGUACUCCAGCUAGCUUUUCGACUUUGUCCUUCCGCAUGGGAUGCGCGUGGGCCAAAUGUAGACAUCGAAAGUGUCCUACAGCGCUGUGUCGAUCUGACGUCCUCGCGUGCUUCCGGUCCAGGAGGUACUCCUCCAUCCUCGAAUCGUCCCGAAUCCGGCCGUUCUGUUGCACCAACAACAAAAUCACAAUGA